UGCUAUUGUGACACAGGGCUGAGUGGCCCUUUGAUGGUGCAGUUUGCGAAGGGGCUUGUCAGAACCGCUGUGGGAAUGCACGGACUCCGUUUUGAAAAGGAGUCAUCGAGACUGUUCCACAAGACAACUAGCUCUUGGCCCCGCUUCCUCUGUUGCUAGACUGAUCAUACAGAGACUGACCCGCUGCAGGAUUGCCCCCUAAUACAAGAAGGCAAGUGAGACCACUUCAAUUAAAACACUUCCACACUUCCAAGAAACAGUUAAGAGAAGGCAGAGAUGAGCAGAAACCCCUUGGCUGACACUCACACAGUUGCCAUGGACCUGCAAAAGCAGUGGGAGAACACAGAGAUCAACUGGCAUAAGGAAAAGAUGGAGUUACUGGACCAGUUUGAUAAUGAAAGAAAAGAAUGGGAAAGUCAGUGGAAGGUCAUGCAGAAGAAGAUCGAAGAGCUUUGCCAGGAAGUAAAACUGAGGAGGAAAAUGAACAUGAAUGAACGUUCUAAGGUUAUUGAUCUUGAUCAUGUUCGAGAUAAAAUGGAAUUCCCUCCAAAUCUCCGCAAUUCAAGACAAUGUGAAUUCAGAGUGACAAAUCACCGAGAAGGUCUGGAAAAAGAGAACAAAGUAGAAAGGAACUUCCUCAGGGAAGGAAAUCAAGUGUACAAAAAACAAAACAUACUCCCAGAAAACAAAGUAGGGCUUCUGAAUCUGAUGGCCACAGAAGAGAAGGCAUGUGAUGUGUGGGCUGACAUGAGAUCUUCUGAGGAGGAGAGUACAAACUGUUCUGUUGCCCUUAACACAGCUCUUGACGAACUUGCAAAAGUUAGUGAAGAACUAUGUACCUUUCAAGAGGAAAUCCGAAAGCGCUCUAACCACAGAAGGAUGAAGUCUGAUUCUGUUCUCCAGGAAAUGCCAAAUGAAAUCAGUGUACCUCAUGGGAACUACUUGAUACGUAAUGGCCAGGGCAGGCUUCCAACCAAUACGGAGAAGAAAAAACAGAAAAAGAAUCUGAGCUGUACCAAUGGACUCCCAAACAGUCCUAUGAAAAACUGGGGAAUUGGUUUGAUUGAUUUACAAAGAAGUGAAACCCCUCCAGUUCCUCCUCCAAGAAGUACCUCUCGAAAUUUCCCCAGUUUAUAUUCUGAACAAGUCCAGGAAAGACUGAAGGAAAGUUUAUAUCACAGGUGGGUGGCCCUUGAGAGUCAAGACAAAACUAAUUGCAAUCCUCAUCUCCUCCUGAGGCAGUCUCCACUGUUUCCACAAGAAGAGAGACAUUUGAAAGAGAGUACCAUGAUUUCCUCUUUGACACCAGAAGUCAAAAUAGAUAGCAAGCCUCCAGAUAAUGAAGAGAUUGGACAUAAUUCGUGGUUAUAUGGCACCGUAAUAGGUACAAAGGAGAGCCCUUCUGUGCAGUCCCAAAAAACUGGUUUUACACCCAAUAAAGCAAGAUUUGAAAAGGUGAUUCCAGAUAAUCCUAGUAAAUCUCAGCUUGAUCUUCAUGUACAAAAUGACUUUCUUCCAUCAGUGACACAGAGAGAUCCACUUAGAAGUUACAGCUGCAGUUCUGAACAGACUCCAAGGAAUGAAAAGCUGGCAGCAAAGAUUGAUGAAUUUAACAGAACUGUCUUCAGAACAGACAGGAAUUGUCAAGCAAUACAGCAGAGUCAAAACGAUUCAAAAUCGCCUGAUGAUCUCAACCUUCUUGAUAGCUCACUUGCUCAUAGAGGUGACAUGCCAGAACAUGACAGUGGGACUGGUGGUUUGAAAGUUAGUGACCACACGCCUGGACCCAUAGAAAAUGUGUUCAGUAAUUCCACAAAAGUCUCUGCAACAGGCAUGAUCAAACAAAUACAGGCAUGUCCGAGUCCCAGCAGCUAUCAGCUCAUGUUCCACGAGCAUGAUUGGAGACCAAGUAAUUUUUCUAGCCGGCCAAGGUCAGCUGAUCCCAGAUCAAAUUACGGUGUUGUGGAAAAGCUGCUGAAAACCUAUGAGACAGAGACAAGGCCUGCCCAGCAAAAUUCAAGAUGUUUCAGAGAUAACUGGACCAAAUGUGGUUCUGAUGAAUCCAUUGCAGUGAAAACCUCACAUGAAAAAGGAUUUUCCAGACCUGCCAGACCAGCUAAUCGCCGACUCCCAUCUAGAUGGGCAUCCAGAUCGCCGUCCGCACCCCCAGCCUUACGGAGGACUGCCUACAGCUAUAAAGUCUCUCUGCAAUCCGAAGCCCAGAUGGUCUAGAUCUCUAGCCUAGAUUGCUGGAUUAUACAAGUUCUCAUCCCUUUUGCCAAACUGAAUAUUCAGAGUGUUUACAAACAAUCCUGUUCUCUUCUGCAACUUUCAAGAUCACUGGGACAAGCAAUCUAUACCCUAUCUUUCCAUCAGUCUUCAGUGUUUUUAAUCUAUGGGAUAAUUAUCUCCUUGUACUUUAAUUUCUUAGACCAGAUUUUUUUUAUUGCCAUCCUCAUUGACUUUCCAAAAUGAUUUAAGUUGCAACAAUGUACAAUAUUGUAUAGUCUAACUUUCUUGCAAAUGCAGAAAACAAGAUUCUGUGCAUGACCAUGUGUUUGUAGGUGCAUGUAUUGUCAUAGGAAUGUAUUUAGGUAAAAAAAAAUUAUGUGCUAGUGUUGACCUUAAAUUAUAACAUGUAGACCUAUCUAUUCUUUGUGUUUAUUUUAAAGUUUUGAAAAUAUACAGUCCUAUUUAUAUUUUGCAUACCUUUUAAUAGGUAUAUACCUAAGGCAUUUGACAUUCAUAUAUUAUUUAAACACUUCCUUGGCCACUAACUACAUUGAAAAAUGAGAAUUAUACAUGAACCAAACAUUAGUUUUCCAGAAAUCAAUCUUACAUAGCAUUUUAACCAAUAUGAAGGUAACUGAUACUAUUGAUUUCUUGUUUAAAUGAAAACAUCACAAGUAUAAUGUAUCAGUCUUCUAAAACAGGUAUAAGAUGCUCAUCCGUGCUUUUGUAUAUCAUCUGGUAGUCUCUCUUGGCUUUAACUGUAUACUUGAUUCUUGGAGCCAGUAUCAUAAGACUGCCUUAAUAAUAACAGGACAAAGUAAUGAAUUUCUUUUGUUGAUUUCAAUAACAAACAUUCCUUAAAUGAGAGGGAGAAAAGGAAUUAAAUUGUGCUGAAUUUUACUUUUUGUUAAAAUUGUGGUAAGUUUUUACUUUAGCCAGUUUAUCUGGAGUUCUUUCUCAGUGGAGGUAAGUUACUUGUUUUGAUUUUUCCUUUUUCUAAGUCUUUCCCAAAAAUUAGCAGAUAAAAGACUAAUUAAUUCACAUUUUUUUAGAAGGAGAAUGAUCAGGAGCAACAUUUCAUUGAUAGCUAAACUAUAUUGCAUUUCUUAUACUGUGUAACAGGCCUUAAACUAAAUUUAGGCAUCGGUGGUUUCUUAUAUAUAUAUCACGGCUACAAUUUGCUCACACCAGAUGCAUGAAAUCUAUACUGAUAAGUGGCAUAGGAGAAGUCGGAAAGUUGAGAGCCUCAGAAUCCUACAUGGCCGAUCUUAAAAGCUACUUUGUUGUAAAUUGUUCUCAUUUAAGAGCAACUGUGUUAUAUGGUUAGUAUUAACCUACUUCACCCAAAAAGAAAUUCUCAUGCCUAGCAAAAUUCAGUGGGCUUUCUCCUUACGAUACUGUAGCCACUAAGAGGAAUCCACCUUAUUAUUCCGUUCCCUGAAGUAAAAUAAGUUGUAAAUCACAGAUUGCCUUAAAAGGCUAGAGACUGUAGCAUGGUGAUGGCUAGAUUCGUGGUUUACAGCAAGAAGAUUUCCAGGGCUUAAGUGGAAUUAAGUGUCUAGAGUGUGAGUUUGGCACAGAUAGUGAAGGUUAUAGACCCACUCUCUCACUCUUGAAGGACUUUUUUCUACCACAGGAGAGCAGCCAAGAAACUGGGUGUUAAUUGCUCUAUACUUUUCCCCUAGAGGAGAGAAAACCUUGGAAAAGUGGUUCCUUGGGUUGAAAUGAUAAGCUGAAGCCAUUGCUGUGUUCACAUCUGUUUUCCUGCACCCCUGUGUCCCAGGCAGCACCCCUGUGUCCCAGACAGCACCCCUGUAUCCCAGGCAGUACCCCAGUGUCCCAGACAGCACCCCUGUAUCCCAGGUAUUCUGGGAAUGAUCAGUAGCCCCCUUCUCUAUGUUCAAGACAGAAUUUUGAGCUCUCCUUUAAAAAUGGGAAGGCCUAAAAAUAAUAAAAAAAAUAGAUUUCUAGCGGUGGGGACUUGGGAUUCCUGGAAUCUUUAAUAAAACAAAACAAUGUAAUAUAUUUGAUGGCCAGGCUGAUUUGGAAACAGGAGUACUGACUAGAAACUGAGAGGGUCAAAUUUUGGAUAAUCUCUUUCAUCACUUAUUACUUUUCUUUGUUAUCAAAAAAACAAAAAUAAUUACAUUGCCAGGCUUUGUAAGUUUAAGCCCGCCUUUUCUAUUAUCAUUUGAAUAAACCAAUGGGACCAUUUUAAUAUUUUAUAUUAGCUUGAAUCAUAGAAUACUAGAGCUGGAAAAAUUAGCGUUUAAUCCAACUCCUUGAUAGAAAACUGAAGAAACUAAAACAAAUUGAUUAGUCUAUGUUCUCUUUUAAAGCUAUUUAUAAAUUUUAUGAAAAAACCAGAUAAAUGGAAAUUAUUAUUAUUGAAAUUUUUUUCUUUUGAAUUCUUGUGACUUGUAACUGGUUCUUUUUCUAUUCUGGGUAGGCAUUUUCUUUCCUAAAGCAUAACCUUUCAUUAUGCCAUCAUCCCAAGGUUUAAGGAUAUGUGUAACCAUUUACAGAAAUAUUUCAUUAGGAAUAUCUACUUAGAAAUGUUUCCCUUAGUAGCUUUUGAAAAAAUAAUGAAAAAAAAACUGCCUUUUUUUUCUUUUUUUACAAAGGAUUAUUGAAACUUCUAACUGAUCUUCUAGAAGAAUACUUGAGGUCAUCUCUCUCUUCCUCUCCCACUCCCUCUCCAUCUCCCUCUCUUUCUCUCUCUCUCUCCUCUCUCUCUCUCUCUCUCUCUCUCUCUCUCUCUCUCUCUCUCUCUCUGUGUGUAUGUUUGCACUUUCAUGUACACUUUUAAUACUGCCUUAUAUCCCCAAACCAAAUAUAAAAUAUAUAAGUGGUAAUUUGUGUUAUUUAUCACUUCAAACAUGACCAAGAGCUUUCAUUUGUCCAUAUAAGAAAUGAAGAUUAUGUUUUAUUUUGCUAAUAUUGCCCCAAAGCAUGAUUUACUGCUGCAUAAUGAUUUAGUCAGGUACCACAAAGUCCCAAAAACAAAAUAUCCAAAACAUCUGGUCCCAUAAAGAGUAUUAAGUUUCCUAAAAACAUCUUUAAAUUUAUUUUAGGUACAUUUUCUGAUAAAAAAAAUUAUUUGAUAUGGAAAUCUUCAGCCAUUGGAAGCUAUUAAAUAAAAUAAGUUUGGAAACACCUAC